GCCCGCGGCUCUGAGGACCCCCGGCCGCCGCCGCCGCUCGCUCCCGGCCCCGCUCCCGGCUCCGUUCCCCGGCCCCGCUCCCGGUCCCGGCCCCGCCAUGACGCUCCUCGCCGCCGGCAGCCGGGCGGCCGCGCGCCUCCGCGGGCCCAAGAAUGCACCGUGCGUCCUCUUCGCCGCCCGUCACGCCAGCGCUGCCACAGUAAGAGCAGCCCCUGCGGCUGUCACCCCUUCCUGGCGCUGGAUGGGGGGCGUGUGGGGUCGGCCCCCCUACAGGUGCCGGGGCUCACGGUUCCCUCCCCUUUCCCAGAACCUGAAAGAUGUCCUUGCAAACAUGAUCCCCAAGGAACAAGCGAAAAUCAAGAACUUCAGGCAGCAGCACGGUAGCACGGCCAUCGGGCAGAUCACGGUGGACAUGGUGUACGGCGGGAUGAGGGGCAUGAAGGGGCUGAUAUACGAGACCUCCGUGCUGGAUCCCGAUGAGGGCAUCCGCUUCCGUGGGUACAGCAUCCCCGAGUGCCAGAAGCUGCUGCCCAAAGCAGCGGGGGGUGAGGAGCCAUUGCCUGAGGGGCUCUUCUGGCUGCUGGUGACGGGAGAGGUGCCCACCCAGGAGCAGGUGAGCUGGGUGUCCCGCGAGUGGGCCAAGCGUGCCGCGCUGCCCUCCCACGUGGUGACGAUGCUGGACAACUUCCCCACCAACCUGCACCCCAUGUCCCAGCUCAGCGCCGCCAUCACUGCCCUCAACAGCGAGAGCAAGUUCGCCCGCGCCUACGCUGAGGGCAUCAACCGGGUCAAGUACUGGGAGUUUGUCUACGAGGACGCCAUGGACCUGAUCGCCAAGCUGCCUUGCGUCGCCGCAAAGAUUUACCGCAACCUGUACCGUGAGGGCAGCAGCAUCGGGGCCAUCGACCCCAACCUUGACUGGUCCCACAACUUCACCAACAUGCUGGGCUACACCGACCCCCAGUUCAUCGAGCUGAUGCGGCUCUACCUCACCAUCCACAGUGACCACGAAGGGGGAAACGUGAGCGCCCACACCAGCCACCUGGUCGGCAGCGCGCUCUCGGACCCGUACCUCGCCUUCGCAGCCGCCAUGAACGGGCUGGCCGGGCCCCUGCACGGCCUCGCCAACCAGGAGGUGCUGCUGUGGCUCACCGACCUGCAGAAGGAGCUGGGCCAGGAGGUGUCGGACGAGAAGCUGCGGGACUUCAUCUGGAACACGCUCAACUCGGGCAGGGUGGUGCCAGGCUACGGGCACGCCGUGCUGCGGAAGACGGAUCCCCGCUACACCUGCCAGCGGGAGUUCGCCCUCAAGCACCUGCCCAAGGACCCCAUGUUCAAGCUGGUGGCCCAGCUCUAUAAGAUCGUCCCCAACGUGCUGCUGGAGCAGGGCAAGGCCAAGAACCCCUGGCCCAACGUGGAUGCUCACAGCGGGGUCCUGCUGCAGUACUACGGCAUGAAGGAGAUGAAGUACUACACAGUGCUCUUUGGGGUCUCCCGCGCCCUGGGCGUCCUCUCGCAGCUCAUCUGGAGCCGGGCGCUGGGCUUCCCCCUGGAGCGGCCCAAGUCCAUGAGCACCAAGGGCCUGAUGCAGCUCGUGGGCUACAAGUCUGGGUAAAGAAGGGACGGGGACAGGGCCGCGCUCGCUGCUCCCCCGGGACGCCUCCGGGCCCGGGACGGACUCAGCACUGAACCCCGCUCUGGCUGUGGGGCGGCAGAGGCAGCCCCGGGGGUCCCACCCGCCCUGUGCCCCCUCCCUGCCCUGGCACAGGGCCCCCUAUCUGGGCCUGGACCCCACCCAGCCUCCUGGCUGCUGCCCCUUGUUGGCUCUGCCCUGGGCCAGCACCACGCACACGGAGCCCCCGGGCUCCCCGCUGCUGGGGGGGCUGGCGCUGUGGGGCUGCCCCACCGCAGCCAUUUAACCCCCCCCCCACCCCGUGCCCCCCGAGAGGGGUUCAGUCCAGACUCCUGUCCACAACCCCCACUGGGGCUCAAGCCCUCGGGGCAACUGGUGAAGAACGAAUGUGUCAGCCCCCCCUUUCUCCCUGGAAAGGCCUCGAUACACUCCUCCCCGGCCCGUGCCCCCCGUGUUUGUGUGAAUCCCUGCGUCCGAUGCCCCCGGAGCCGGAGCUGGGCCCCACCCCCUCCCUGUGCCGGCCCAGCCCCGGCCCAUCGCAGGCUUUGGGCGGUUCUGUACAAACAACAAAAAAAUGCAAAAUAAAUGUUUUUAUUAACAAAGCCCUAGCUGCUGCCCGCCAGCCGUCCUGCUGGGUGCAGGACCCUGACCCCGGGGCUGUUCCUGUAGGGCCGGGGGGGGGUCAGAGCUGGUCCCCCCCACUUUGUGGGUCCCUUGCCCCCAUUUGUCUCUGCUGGGGCCGGCGCGGUGGUGCUUGGCCCCCCAGAAGCGCUGCAAGCCAGCAGCAGGGGGCUUGUGGUGCCUGCAGGUGCCAGGCAGGAGCCUGGUUCAGGGUCUGGGGGGUCUCGGUGCAUGACCCCUCCCCAGUGCUCCCCUCCCAGCCCCUAAAUGAAGACCAGGAGGCCGGGCUCACCCUUGGAAAAUGCUCUUUAUUGGCACGUAGAAGUCCUUCCUCGGGCAGCAAGGCCACGAUCCCCUUGGUGGUGGGGAUGGAACUGGGGGGGGGGGGGGGGGGGGGGGGGGCAAGGGGGAAGAGCCUGGGGUUGUGGGGGUGGCUCAGGGGGCCCCUGAUGGGCCCCCCCCAGUGGGUGUUGGGGCCUGCUGGAGCUGGAUCCUCCACACUGAAGGUAAGGGAAGCUCGGGAGGGGGGGCAGGGGGUGCCUCGGGCCGGGGCCAUCCUGGUCCCUGGGGCAGGUGCUGGGGCUGCAAGGGGCUGGGGGAGGAGGGGGAGGGGUGGGGGCAAGUUCUGAGCAAGCCCCCCCAUCCCCCCCCCCGCUGUGCGUGCGACUUGUGCAAAUGUGCGAUGUCGGGUCUGGCGGUGGCGCGGGCGCUGCCGGGGGCUCGGCUCCGCUCCCUGCGGACCCGGGGGGGGGGGGGGGGGGGGGGGCCGUGCUGGGGGCCCCCUCCCACAGCAGCUGCAGGCGAGGGGCCGGCAGCAGCUCUGCUCCAGCCGCUGCCUCCUCUCUCUGCACCGUUCUCCUUCCCUUUUGUUCCUAAAGAGCCAGGGGAUGGGCAGGGGGGUCCUUGGCAGGUGGACCACCCCCCCCCCCCCCAGCAAGCCCUGGCCCCUGGUGUUCCCCAGUGGGACCCGGCUGGGCUCCCCCCACCGCCAGCACCAACCUUCCUCCUCCACAGGGCGCGGGCAGAGCUGCCCCAGGAGCUCCUCCACCCCUGCAGAGGGGUUGGGACCCUCUGGCUUUGCAGAGGAGUUACAAGGAACAAAAGUUUUCCUUUUUUUU